AAGUGUCACGUGACUUCCUUCAGGCUUGUCCCCUCCUCCUUCCCCUCCCCAGGCCCCGGCGAGCGCUGGUGUGGACCCGAGGCUCCCGGCUGGCGGAAUAACUGGAUCUCGGACGCUGCAGCCGUUUAGGCCGGUGCCCUUUCCCGCUCUGGAAAGGAAGAGAAAUGGAAGUGAAAAAGUUGAGCAUUUCCUGGCAGUUCUUGAUAGUUCUGGUUCUGAUCCUGCAAAUUCUGUCCGCGUUGGAUUUUGACCCAUACAGAGUCCUAGGGGUCAGCCGAACAGCCAGUCAGGCUGAUAUUAAAAAGGCUUAUAAGAAGCUCGCCCGGGAAUGGCAUCCUGACAAAAACAAAGAUCCUGGAGCAGAAGACAGGUUCAUUCAGAUUAGCAAGGCUUAUGAGAUUCUUUCCAAUGAAGAAAAGAGAUCCAAUUAUGACCACUACGGAGAUGCUGGCGAGAACCAGGGCUACCAGAAGCAGCAACAGCAGCGAGAGUAUCGCUUCCGCCAUUUCCAUGAAAAUUUUUAUUUUGAUGAAUCUUUUUUUCACUUUCCCUUUAAUUCCGAGCGGCGGGACUCCAUUGAUGAAAAGUAUUUACUGCACUUUUCACAUUACGUGAACGAAGUGGUUCCAGAUAGCUUCAAGAAACCCUACCUCAUUAAGAUCACCUCGGAUUGGUGCUUCAGCUGCAUCCACAUUGAGCCUGUUUGGAAAGAAGCAGUUCAAGAACUGGAAGGAUUGGGUGUAGGAAUCGGCGUGGUCCAUGCUGGGUACGAGAGGCGCCUGGCUCACCACCUGGGAGCGCACAGCACACCCUCUAUCCUGGGCAUCAUAAACGGGAAAAUCUUCUUCUUUCAUAACGCAGUGGUCCGUGAGAACCUACGACAGUUUGUCGAGAGUCUUCUUCCAGGGAACUUGGUGGAGAAAGUUACAAAUAAAAAUUAUGUCAGAUUCCUCUCUGGCUGGCAGCAGGAGAAUAAACCACACGUCCUUCUGUUUGACCAAAUGCCUGCUGUUCCGCUGCUGUACAAGUUGACUGCUUUUGCAUACAAAGACUAUUUGUCCUUUGGAUACGUGUAUGUCGGUUUGAGAGGGGCAGAAGAGAUGACGAGGCAGUACAACGUCAAUGUCUAUGCUCCCACCAUCUUGAUCUUUAAAGAGCACACGAACAAGCCUGCUGACGUCAUCCAGACCCGAGGUAUGAAGAAACAGGUCAUUGAUGACUUCAUCACCCAAAAUAAGUAUCUAUUAGCAGCCAGGCUCACCAGCCAGAAGCUGUUCCAUGAACUCUGCCCCGUGAAGCGGUCUCACCGACAGAGGAAGUACUGUGUGGUUUUACUGACUGCCGAGGCCACCAAACUGAGUCAACCCUUCGAGGCCUUCCUGUCCUUUGCCCUGGCAAACACACAAGACACAGUGCGGUUCGUGCACGUCUACAGCAACCGGCAGCCGGAGUUUGCCAACGCCUUCCUGCCGGACAGCGAGACAUUCCGAGGGAAGUCAGCGGUGUCUAUCUUAGAAAGGCGCAAUAUGGCAGGCAGGGUGGUGUAUAAAACCCUGGAGGAUCCCUGGACAGGGAGCGAGAGUGACAAAUUCAUCCUUUUGGGUUAUCUCGACCAGCUGCGGAAAGACUCGGCUCUUCUGUCCUCAGAAGCUGUGCUGCCCGACUUGAUCGAUGAACUUGCCCCUAUGUUCCUCCUUCGGUGGCUUUACUCUGCGUCUGACCACAUCUCAGACUUCUGGGACAGCAUGUUUCACAGCAACUGGCGGGAGAUGAUGCCCCUCCUGUCCCUGGUCUUCUCCGCCCUCUUCAUCCUCUUCGGCACCGUCAUCGUUCAGGCGUUCAGUGACUCGAACGAUGAGCGAGAGUCAAGCCCUCCAGAUAAAGAGGAAGCCCAGGAGAAGGCCAGGAAGACCGAGCCCAGCUUCGCCAAAGAGAACAGCAGCAAGGUCCCUAAGAAGGGCUUUGUGGAGGUGACCGAGCUCACGGACGUAACGUACACCAGCAACUUGGUGCGCCUGAGGCCAGGCCACAUGAACGUGGUCCUCAUCCUGUCCAACUCCACCAAGACCAGCCUCCUGCAGAAGUUUGCCCUGGAGGUCUACACGUUCACCGGGAGCAGCUGCCUACACUUCUCCUUCCUGAGUCUGGACAAACACCGAGAGUGGCUCGAAUACUUGUUAGAAUUUGCUCAAGACGCAGCCCCGAUCCCCAACCAGUACGACAAGCACUUCAUGGAACGCGACUACACAGGUUAUGUACUGGCUCUGAAUGGCCACAAGAAGUACUUCUGCCUCUUCAAGCCCCAAAAGACAGUCGAAGAGGAGGAGGCAAUGGGGGCGUGCGGGGAGCUGGACUCCUCCCUGCAUCCGGGGGAGUCUCGAGGGAAAGCCAGUGGCCUCGGGCCCAGGCCCAUCAAAGGAAAGCUGAGCAGGCUGUCCCUGUGGAUGGAACGCCUGCUGGAGGGCUCCUUGCAGAGGUUCUACAUCCCGUCCUGGCCUGAACUAGACUGAGAGGACUCGGGAAGGGACGGCAGCUCCUCAGACCCCACAGGGCCCUGCGAACAGGUGUUAGGACUCAGACUGUCACAGUGGACGGAGUAGAGAUUUUAGAUUAUUCUUCUAGAACAGUGGCUAGAAGAAUCUUUCCUUUGUCCUGUUCUAACCUAGGAGUGAAAAAUACCACAAGUU